UUUCUACAAGUUUUCUUUUUCAAAGUUGAUCCAAUAAUAUCAAGAAUUUGAUGUGUCUUAUUAUUGUUAUUAAUCCAAAGGUGGCGAAUUCUAGUAGCAGAGACUUUUAUUCCGACCAAAAUGAAUGGCUUCAUCAAUAUUCAACUUCUUUUUCUGGGUUAAACAGAGAGGAAGAGACCUCCGUCAUCGUCUCCGCUCUCACCCAAGUUGUCGUCGGUGAUCAGGUCUCACCUAGAGGAGGAAGCGGCAGUGGUGGUGGUGUCGGUAGCGGAACUCUGUCGACUGGUUCAUCGUCUUCGUCUUAUAAUAAUUCCCACAAGAGAGGACGUCAACAAGACCUUGAUGAUGAUCAACAACACUCCCUUUUAAGUUCCGUCUCAAACGCUUCUCAUUACUCCCCUACUUUCAAUGAUGGAAGAAAUGUGGUGGGAAUAUACGAAUACGAGAGAGAAGCAAGAAGAAACAGAGGAGAAGAAGAAGGAAGAAGAAGAUAUAGAGGAGUGAGGCAAAGGCCAUGGGGGAAAUGGGCUGCUGAGAUUAGAGAUCCAUUCCGAGCCGUCAGAGUUUGGUUGGGAACUUUCGACACCGCAGAAGCAGCUGCCGAAGCCUACGACGAGGCCGCCCUCCGCUUCCGAGGCAACAAAGCCAAGCUCAACUUCCCCGAAAAUGUUAGACUCCGACCCUCCCCGGCCCCCACCACUCCCAACCAAUACGCCGUCGUUUCCGAAUCUCCGGCCAUCAAUCUCUAUGAUCAAAUGUCGUUGACAUCAUCCAUGACGUCCCCCCCAUCGACCGCUGUGGGGUUGGUAUCUCCGUCGUCGUGGAGUGGCGGUCACGGCGGCGAUGGUGGUUUCUCAGUGCCGCAGUGGACGCCGGAAUUUAAUGAGUACAGCUCACCUGAAUAGAGCGGCUUGUACUGUUCUUUUUAAUACUUUCGUAUUUCUGUCAUUUCUUUUUCUUUCUCUUGGAAAGGAAUGAAUCCGAGGAAUUUUUGGUAAAAAAAGUUCACCAACUAAAUUGUUUCUUCAAGCAAAGUGUAAGAGACUAAAAAGUGAUGACUUUUUUUUUCUUUCAUAGCAUAAAGAGAAUAUGAAGAUACAAUUUUGAAAUUAAUGGUUAGAAGUUAAUGC